UCGGUCAGAAGCAGCGCGGAAAGCGCUAGCAUUAAAUUUAAUAUUGAACAUUACUGUUUCAAUCAUAAGAAAAUAACCCGAAAGCGGUAAAGUGCGUGAGGAUGUCCUUCAAUUUUGGAAACACGAGCACCACCGGAUUGGGAUCGACCAGUACUCCGGCAAAACCAGCUGGCCUCGGAAACUUCUCGUUCGGUGCACAGUCGGCGACGCCAGCGUUUGGCGCCGCCCCGGCCGGAACCGGUACGGCAGCGACCCCGUCGUUGUUCGGUGGUGGUCAAGCCGCCGGCAAUACGGCCCCCAAUACGGGCUUCGGUGGAUUCGGAGCGGCAGCGGCACCUGCUGCUGCCCCAGCAGGUACUUCGGCAUUCGGCUUCGGAAGCAACACCACCGCGGGCACCGCUGUGACGCCGGCGUUUGGCGGAUUUGGAACGGCGGGAGGCACCGCUCCCGGUGGGGCAACGCCGUUCGGAGGAUUCGGAACGGCCGCUAACACUUCGACGGCUGCGCCCGCGUUCGGAGGAUUCGGAACGGCGGCGGCGACGACCAGUGCUCCGGCCUUCGGUGGUUUUGGAGGGUUCGGAACGACCACCACCAGUACAGCCCCGUCCCUGUUUGGUCAAUCCGGUGCCGCCGCAGCCGGUUUUGGUGGAUUUGGAUCCUCGUUUGGAGCUGGAGGUGGUUUCGGCCAACAGCACCAGCAACAGCAGCCGGCAGGCUUGGGAUUCGGUCAAAGCUUCCAACAGCAGCUGCAGCAACAGCCCCCGGCCCUUACCCAGGAGGAAGCAUUCGCCCAAUCCAUUUUCAAUGUGUCCAUUUUCGGCGACGAGCGGGACACGGUUAUCGCCAAGUGGAACUACCUGCAGUCGAUGCUGGGCACGGGAAAGGCCUUCUACUCGCAGAAUAAUCCGGCAGUGGAAAUCACCCCCAGCAACUACCUGUGCCGUUUCAAGACCAUGGGCUAUACGAAGCUUCCCGGGAAGGAGAACAAGGUCGGUUUGGUUGGCUUGACCAUCAACAAAACUGCCGGACAGGUGAAGGAUCAACAGCAGCAGUUUGUUACGAGUUUGAAUCAGAUUUUCGGCAACAAACCAAACAUUGCCAUCACUGUCGAAAGCGUCAAAGUGGUUGGUGACAGCAAAUCCCAAGUCGUUAUCUACGUUGAGGAAAAAUCGACGACUUCGAACGAAACGAAACGCAUUCUGGCCACGGAAGUGGCCACCUACCUUAAUCAACCGACGCCGAAGCAUCAGCUGACUAGUUUGGGCGUUGAAACCGUGGUCGCAUUGGUUCUUCCGGAGGAGGAUCAGCUGAAAGAGUAUCUGGAUAAUCCACCGAAGGGCAUCGACCCGCGGAUGUGGCAACAGGCAAAGAUCGACAAUCCCGAUCCGAAGCGGUUCAUUCCGGUGCCGAUGAUCGGAUUCCAGGAGCUCAAGUGGCGCAUCAAGUGCCAGGAAAACGAAACCGAUAUUCACGUUUCCUAUCUGGACAAGGUGGAGAAGGAAAUAGAACAGCUCAAACAGCGGCACACCAACACGACGGCGAAGAUUAUGGAACACCGUAGGAAGUUUGCCGAGCUGAGUCAUCGGAUUUUGAGAAUCAUUGUGAAGCAGGAGAGCACCCGGAAGAUGGGUUUCGCCCUGCUGCCGGAGGAGGAAAUGAUCCGCAGUAAGUUGGAAAAUAUGCACGCGCUGGUUUCGACGCCGACGCAGUUCAAGGGCAAACUGAGCGAACUGCUGUCGCAGAUGAGGAUGCAGCGGAACCAGUGGACACAUGCCGGAGGAACGAACGACUAUACGUUGGAUAAAGAGUCAUCGGAGGAGAUGAAGAGUUUCCUCACGAUGCAGCAGAAGGCGAUGGCGUUCCUGGUUGAAACGGUGAACAAGGACCUAAAGGACCUCAAGGUUAUUUCGGAUGGGAUGUCACGUUUGAUACCAAAUUAGGGACUAGAAGUUAAUUUUAUUAUUCUACAUAUGAGGUAAGUCACACACACACACACAGAAAUGCUACAUGAAUACAAAAUUAUGCGAUAGCAACACAAUG